GUUGGCGGAGUUGGGGGGUGACCGCAGGGAAGGAAGGAAGGGGCAGACCCCCUGAGGACGGGCCACGACGGCCCAGCUGGUCACCCCAGGAGGAGCCGGAGGCGGGCGGCCCCCCGGCCCGCGACGCCCCCGGGGCGGGGAGCCAUGGCGGCGGCGGCCGUGGCCGGCCUCAUCCCCGUGGUCCACUCGGUGGCGGGCGACAAGACCAGCUACUACAUCGGCCGGCAGAUGUGGUUCGGCUUCACGGGGCUGUACGGGCUGGUGGUCUACGUGGUCCGCCUGCCCUGGGCCCUGCUCCACCAGGACUUCUGGUGCCACGGGAACAUCUCCACCCCGUGCCUCGUGCAGUGCUUCGAGGCCCACUUCGACCGGCCCGUGGUCGGCGUCUGGUACUUCUUCUGCUUCACCUUCCUCGCCCUCUUCAUCCUGCUGGAGUUCUUCGUGGCCCAGCUGCGGCACAAGCAGGCCAAGCUCAAGGCCCUGGAGGCCCAGCGGGACGACUGCGAGAGGAGCUCCGUGAUGGGCGUCCGGGAGGAGGCCCAGAGCCAGAAGAGGACCAUCCUGGACUUCCACCGCGAGAAGAUGAUGCUCGACCUCUACCUCCUCUACUUCCUGCUGCAGCUCCUCAGCCAGGGCCUGUUCGCCACCCUGCUGGUCUUGGGCCACUUGCCCCUGGUGGACGGCUCGCCCGUCCGCUGCAGCACCCCGCUCUGCCCCGGCCCCUUCAGCUGCCUGGUCAGGGGCUCCAAGGAGAAGCGGAUGUCCAUCUACACGCUCUUCACGCUGGCCGCCAUGAUCCUCGUCUUCUGCUCCUGUUUCUUCGCCUACAGCAUCCACCACUACUUUCUGCGCGGGGUGGCCUACGGCCCGGGAAGGAGCCCCUGGGCGGACUGAGCCCCGGCCCCGGGGGCCGGCGGGGGGACCGAGGGGACCCACCGGGGCCCGGGGGCUUCGCCCCACCGGGUCCUCCCGCACCCCCCUCCCCCCAAUAAAUAUCCCCACACCGGCUGUCGGGGGUGACUUCCUA